UGGGAAGCGGAAGACUACAUGAACAACAAGAGGGAAGUUAGCGAAGUACACAAUUGCUGAAAUAGACAUAUCGUUAGACAUAUCGACAUGUACGUAAGAAGGAAGCGAUUUAUAAACGUAACGUUAACGAAUCAGCUUGUACAAAAUUGCGUCGAAAAGUGGCAAUAAAGCGUGUUGCUAGCAGUUAGCUCCGUCUGACAACAAGACGCUGCAACGCCCCUGAAACUGAUGACAAAGUAUAUAACGACACGUUUGUGAUGAUUACUUAAGGUAUCUUCCAGAUUCUGCCAAUUCGACCCGUACCCGUUAUCUCAGUGAACAAAUCUGGAUUUCUGCCCAGCAGUCUCUCUUUCCUGAGCUCUUUGUGAAAUGACCUGACUCCGACUUCACUGAUCCAGCACCUGAUCACAAUGGCCAGAAUAGCCUGGUACCAAGAGAAGAUCGGGGCCUAUGAUCAACAAGUCUGGGAGAAAUCUCUGGAGCAGACAGAUCUAAAUGGAUUGGACAGCAAACCGAAGAAGACGGGUCACAUCAAACCGGACCUCAUCGAUGUCGACUUAGUGAGAGGGUCAACAUUCAGCAAAGCCAAACCAGAGAGUCCCUGGACAGCUCUGACUCGGAAAGGUCUGGUCAGAGUGCUGCUUUUCCCGUUCUUCUUCCAGUGGUGGAUCCAGGUGACCUCCAAGUCCAUCUCCUCAUGUAUCCUCGUGCUGUACUUCAUGCAAGUGGCAGCAGUGGUGCUGUACUUGGAGGUCCCCGGGGCGAGUGCCAGCGAGGUGUUUGGACCCAUGUGUCUGAUGCUGCUGCUGGGCACUGUGCACUGCCAGAUUGUGUCGACUGAGUCCAGCCGGUGGCCCUCGGGCAGUCCAGCUGCCAGCUGCACCACCAGCCCCGCGCGCAGAAGGAGGCCGAGGAAGGGCAGAGGGCUGAAAAAAUCAGAAGAAAAGAAUGACAGCGGGGACACAGAGCAGCAGGGGUCCUGGCAGUUUGACGAAAGCCAGCGAUUGUACGAAGAGAGGAGGAACAAAAGAAGGUCAGGAUUUGGGGCAUCCGACGAGCUCUCCAGUGAGGAGGAAGAAGGGGUACAACCAGUGGACGUAACUCAUUCGAUACUUCAUCAAGAGAGGCACCCUGCUGCAACCUGGACAUCUGUACCAGUGUCUUCUGUUAGGAAGAGAAAUCUGAAGUCCAACCCCAAACCUACACUAAGACUUCAGGAAGGGAGUGGAGCUUACAUCAAGGUGACGCCUCGGGAGGUGGAGCGCCUCAGGCCGAGCGUCAGCUCUCGUCCUGCCUCCGACACCGACGACACGAUGUGGGAAGAGCUUCUCCAAGGGCCCGACACCGCCUCCACGGGGAGCAGCGACAGCGAGGGGAACGGGAGGUACAACGCUGGCAUAGCACUCCCACAAACCACCACUCUGAGCAGCGAUGAUGAGAGCCUACAGCAGGGAAUGACCGGAAACCAGCUGUCUUGGCUGCAGGCAUGUCACCCAUCCAAGGACCGCGUCAGUGCCAUAAUAUGGGAGCAGGGCGAGUGUAAGAAAGCAGACAUGUCAGUAUUGGAGAUCAGUGGGAUCAUCCUCACACGGGUGAAGUUGGUGGAGCAGGGUAUGGGUUAUCUUGUGCUAGGAGGGCUGAUGACCGCCAUCCUGGCGCUGCUUCCCUUUGGUUUCCGCUUGGCUCAGCACCUGGAUGUGUCGAGCCUCGGCUCCUUGUCCCUGACGGAGCUGGUACAGAUGGUGGUGGGGCCGCAUGAUGCCCAGGCCUACGCCUUUUUCUUCAUCACAACAGUGCAAAGAGUCUGCCUCAUAGGGCUGUUCUUCUUCAUGAUGUGUGUGGCUGAGAGAACAUACAAACAGAGACUCUUAUUUGCUAAGUACUUCAGCCACCUCACUUCAGCUCGCAAGGCCAAGAAGUCCGAGAUCCCUCAUUUCAGGCUGAAGAAAGUCCAGAACAUAAAGAUGUGGUUGUCACUUCGCUCUUUCCUCAGGAGACGAGGGCCGCAGCGCUCGGUUGACGUCAUUGUCUCCACCAUCUUCCUGUUAGCGCUUUCCAUUUCAUUCAUCAUUUGUGCCCAGCUUCUGCACAGCCACAAGACAUUCCUCGAGUCUCUGACGAACUGGGAGCUGAUGGUGUGGGCCUCCUCCCUCAUCCUCUUUCUGUUGCGGCUGGCCACGCUGGGCUCAGAGACCAACUGCAAGUACAGCAACUCCUCAGUGCUGCUCACUGAGCAGAUCAAUUUGUAUCUCAAGAUGGAGAAAAAGCCCAAUAAGAAAGAGGAACUCAAUAUAGUGAACAAUGUUUUGAAACUAGCUACAAAGCUGAUGAAGGAGCUGGAUACUCCAUUCAGACUGCUGGGUCUCACCGUGAACCCUCUGAUCUACAACAUCACCAAAGUGGUCAUCCUGUCCGCCGUGUCGGCCGUGGUCAGCGACCUGUUGGGCUUCAACAUCAGACUGUGGAAAAUCAAGCCUUAAUGUGAAAAUGGCAAACCACUAACAGUCGGACACUGGAGACCCGGAGCUCCCCUCAUCUGCUGCAGACAGCCUCUCAUUCACAAAAAAAAGUGCAAACCUACUGACAGUCCAGUCGUCGUCUGUGCCUUCCAACUGGAACUUCUGCGUCUUGAGUUUCACCUGUCACUCACAAGCCUGAGAUGCUCUGACAAUGGCUCACACAACAUUACUGGCUCCUCAGCUGGUGUGGCAACACCGUUUCCAUCCGCCACGCCGCUAAACCAGUGCCUAACCUUUGACCCUUGAAUGUUUCUCAGAAUGUGGGUAAAUAUAGCGAUAGGUCGAGGUCUGAGAUCAUUUCAGGCGUCUGUGCCAUCCAGAUUUCCUCGUGCGUCUUGUACAGAUGUGUGGACACAAAGUGAAAAUGUAAAUAAGUUAAACGCAGAUGGUAAUGUAGUUUGUUUAAGUCUUAUUCGCUGAUGUUUCUCAUCAGUUCAUUAGUACAAUAAACUGUAAAACAAGCUGUUAUGUGCUUUCUAAAGCCAAUAAAUCAAACUCAAUCAAAUCAAACGGGCAGCCGCUGUAUGAAACGAAGCAUCCCGGGACUCAACUUUCAGCCUUUUGUACUGUUUAAGGAGGAAAUAUGGUGAUUGUAAGUGGGCUUUAUUUAUUUGGGGUUGUGUUUUAGCACUUAAACUUGUAAUGGUACCUGUAAGUCAUGACUCGGACCACUAUUUGCCUUUUGUAUUGAGGACCAUUGUUGAAUAAAAUAAAAAGCUAUGCAAAAUGUUACGUGUAAAGAAGAUGUUUGAUAGAGGUGAAUAAAUGUUUUUCAUCCGUG